UGGGGAUCAUCAAGGGGAAGCAGAGCAAAAGGUGAAGCCAAAGAGCCUUUUCAACGGUAUCUGAUGUUGAACACAUGUAAUUGGAUUGCUUAGGUGCAUGUAUAGGAUGUAUCCAUCCUUCGAAAGAAUUGGUUCUAAUCAUGACUUUACUAGAAGUCCCCCUGCACAAUCUGUUGCAUGAAGCAAGAGGCUGACCAAAUGGCACGCAGGAAAAAACCAAAGGACUCUCGAACUGCAGAUGCGGCAGCCAUGUUCUCACACAGAUUACUGCCUUGGGGCCGGCUAUGCCGCUGGUCCAGCCCAUGCCUGCAAUUCCUUGUCUUGAGUGUUGUGACAUUUGGUGUGAUCGCUCCCUUCACUUGCCGAGAUCUCCUGCAUUCUUAUUUCUAUAUGCGUGGUUGGUACCUAAACUCAAUGACCCAACAUUUUUUAAAGCAGAACCAAGAGGAGGGUUUGAGUGCUCUCCGAUACUUUGAGCGACUGCAGAAUACAUCAGAGAAGUUGACCAAAGAGGCCUUGCAGCCAUGGUUGCUGAUUACUAUAAUUACUGUUCAAAGGAGCCCGGAACUCCACUAUGUCCUUCAAGUAGCAGCCCGCUUCCACCGUCUGCUCCAGGAAUGUGGCCCUGCUUGCCAGCACCAUCAGCUCUUACUCUGUAAUGUGGAAACAGAUCCCAGCAGCCACCAGGAUGCUAAGCUGCUUGCCACUUUCUUUCCUGUGGUGAACCACUAUAGUGGUCAGGAAAAUUUGGAUCUCUUUCCAAACCGUUUUGAGAAGGAGAAGCAAGAUUACACCUAUUGCCUUGAGAAAUCACUUCAGCUGUAUAGACCAGAAUAUGUCCUGUUAGUGGAAGAUGAUACCCUCCCAGAAGAGGAGUUCUUUCCAGUCCUCCAUCACUUGUUACAGACACGGUUCUCAAAGCCCCACCUCCGAAAUGCUCUCUAUAUCAAACUGUACCAUCCAGAGAGACUUCAACAUUAUAUCAAUCCAGAACCCAUGAGGAUCCUGGAAUGGCUUGGAUUAGGCAUGGUUUCAGGGUCCUUCUUGGGCUUUAUCUACUCAUGGGCAUCCAGCCGCUCCAGCCUUAGUUGGUCCAUCGUAUUGUUUUUUGCCCUGUAUAGCAUGCUGCUAGUAGAGCUGGUUGGGCGCCACUAUCUGUUGGAGCUUCGACGCCUGGCGCCAUCCUUCUACAACAUUGUGCCUGUGACCGAAUGCUGCACUCCGGCCAUGGUGUUCUCUGCUCCUUCAGCACACCGUGUAUUGGGUUACAUGAAAGACGUUCAGUGUCACUUAGGUUUUGCCAAAGAUAUUGCUCUUUAUUCAUUGCUGCGUACCAAGGGCGAGCACGCAUUUGUGGUUGAGCCCAAUCUGGUGAGGCAUGUGGGGUUGUUUUCAUCUGUCAGGAUCAAUGAAAAGCCAGAGCUGCUUUGACUUUUCAAUAUUUCCUAAGGAAUGAAACAGAUGAACAAAAGCUCAACACAAAAAAUUUACUAAGUUUUGCUGAGCUAAGUCAUCUUCAAUUGCAAGCUGGGGACUGAAUCAAAUCGAUUGAUUACAGUCACUAAUGUUCUCGAGAAGUAAGCUUGGAAUUCAAGUUUUCUAGCAUUCUGUGUAAAAAAAAAAGAGUAUAUAAUAGCUCUAAAUCAGCCUUCUAUACGAUGCCCUUCCAUUGUGAGGUACUAAUUCCAAAAAUCCCAGCCAAUGUGGCUGGUAGUAAUUUGGUCUUACGAAUUCUAGGUUGUGAAAGUUAGCUCUGAUUUAUAGGUUACAGAUAAUGAACAAGAGUUCCUAAGUUUGGUAGAAAUACCAGAGAUGGUGCUUUAGCUUUUCUGCAUCAACUUAUAAAUUAUUUUAAAUGGUUCUUUCCCAUUAUCAUGAAGCAUUAACUGAAAAGAGAAACUAUUUUUUAAUUGCCUUAGUCUAUCUUUCCUGAGCUGAUGCCUUUGAGAUAUGUUAGCUGCUAAAUUGCCAACACUACCCCUCGGUCUUCUGGCGGCUUGCAGUCCUAACCGAUCAAAAGGAUGCCAGCUUGGGAAAGACUGCUGUACAUUCAAAGACAAAUAAUCAUAUUCAGCUAAGGUGUUAUGGCUGUGAUUAUCUUAAAGUUUACUUCUUUCUUGUUUCAAAUCUUUCAUCUCUGUCACUUUUAAGUAUGCUUUUGUGCAUACUUCCUGAAUAUAACUUUGCAAAUGGCAAACCCUCCUUGCAUGUAGAAACUUUUAAGUUAGCAACAAGGUAAGGUCACUCAAUUUGAAGCAGCUAAAAUGGUUGGAGAUAGCUGAAUUGUGCAACAUCCUAAUCUGAGUUUAUGUCAGAGUUGGCAUGGCUGAGAAAAUAAAAAGUCCCAUUAGAUUCAAUGAAAAGUCUAAUGAUGCUAAUAUUGUGGACACAGCCAUAGCUGCCGAAGGUUGGAUUGUGCUCUUCCCUUGUGGCUCUUCCCUUGCCCUAUUUAUUCUUGUCUCCUAUAUUAGUUACCCUGCUGGUAUAUCUUAUAUACCAAAUGCUCAAAUCACUCCAUUAACAAAUUUCUGGAAUUUGCUGCUCACCAGAAAAAUUUAAUCCUAAAACUCUCUUUCUGUGAAUUAGAAUUGCCCUGUCAAUUGCCAGCUAAUUUUUGUCUUAUCAGUUUCUUACCAUUUCUUUUCCAUUUUGUUUCCCCCAUGACAGAAAACCCUGGAAAUAUUUUCUACAACUGCCCAUCCCAAUCUCUUGCUUUCUUUUGAAAUGUUCUGUUUAAAAAUCAAAUGCGCACCAUUCAAAACCAUUCUGAAGGAAAUGUAACAUUCUCAUUUUUCUUCAUUUGUUCUGCAUUUGCUACCUCCUACUUCACAUAUUACUCAUACUGUUCCUUGUUAAUAGGCUUAUUAAAAAAAAAACAAGUGCCUUACUUAGAUGAUACAUAAACACUUUUAUAGGGAAGAUUUUUCUUCCUCGUCCUCUAACUCUGGGAAUCUGUGAGAAGAGCAUGGCUUUUUCCACCCUACUUGAAAAAGAAACUUGAACCAAGAAAUGUAUUUUUCUUUCCAUGAGAAUUCAGUUGAAAUAAAUUAAAGAAUAAAUGCACCAUCA